AUGAGUCGUUUAACAGGUAAAGCAUCAUAUGAGUCAAGAUUAUCAUCAUCGAAAAUUAUGUCAACCGAUAUAUUUAUUCACCUGAAAGCAGUAAACACAAAGGUACCUUUCGAUGAUAAUGAAAAUGGAGUUGCUCCUUUAGUGACUUCUGAGAAUGCAGAGGUCAUUCUUGACCAAUACAUUGUCGUCCUCAAGAAAAAUACAGAAAAAGCUAAUAUCCUCAAGCAUCACGAAUGCAUUCACGGACAUGUCGAGUCUGAGAAAUUCAAUUUUACAAAAAGAGGAUUAUUUGAUGAACAAUUAUUUUCUGGAAUUCGCCACGUUUACGACCUUGAUGACUUUAAAGGAUAUUCAGGCAGAUUUAGCAAUGAACUUCUAGAUAAAAUUAGAAGAAGUGAAGAGGUUGCAUAUGUCGAAAAAGAUCAACUAGUAUAUGCUAGUAAAUUGGAAAAGAACGCACCAUGGGGUUUAGCACGUAUUUCCCAACGGGGUCGAUUGACGUUGGGUAAUUAUAAUAAAUACAACUACGACAGGCGCGCUGGCAGAGGCACUGUUGUUUACGUCAUUGACACUGGAAUUAAUAUUGACCAUGACGAUUUUGAGGGUAGAGCUUCAUGGGGAACUCAUGUUGCUGGAACAAUUGCCGGAAAAAGAUACGGUGUUUCAAAGAAAGCCAAAGUUGUAGCAAUCAAAGUUUUGCGAUCAAAUGGAUCUGGCUCAAUGUCAGAUGUGAUAAAAGGGAUAGAAUUCGCCACAGAAUUAUAUUUAGAAGAGGUUACUAAAGCUCGCAGAGAGCGUAGACGUUUCAGAGGUGGUGCUGCAAAUAUGAGUUUGGGAGGUGGUAAAAGUCAAUCAUUGGAUCUUGCCGUUGACGCAGCUGUAGAUAAUGGGCUUAUUUUUGCGGUAGCAGCUGGUAACGACAAUAAAGAUGCUUGUAAUUAUUCUCCAGCCGCUUCACAAAAGGCAAUCACAGUUGGUGCUACAACUGUUGGAGAUGAACGUGCCUGGUUUUCAAAUCAUGGACAAUGCGUAGAUGUGUUUGCCCCAGGUCAAGACAUUACAUCAACAUGGAUCGGCUCAAGUACAGCCACAAAUACCAUUUCUGGUACAUCAAUGGCAUCUCCACACGUCGCUGGUCUGGUUGCUUAUUAUCUUUCAAUCGAGCCAGAACGUGACUCUGAUUACUUCACCUUAACAUCAUUAGCAACACCUGAAAAGGUGAAAUCUAAUAUUAUUAGAUUUGCAACAAAAGACGCUAUAGAAGCGCCUCUCCCUCCUAAUACACCAAACUUGUUAAUUUUUAAUAGGUACAAUGAAAAUGACUGUUUUAAUGACUAUGAAUAG